AUGCAGCCUGCGCAGGCCGAGCGUCAUGCCAGCAAGGCAAAGGCAAAAGCACACGCAACUUCAAAGGUUCGUAAGGUAAGCAAGAAGAAAGACAACAAGGUUCCAGUUGCAGCUGCUGACUCUCCCAGGCCUAAGGCUAAGGCCGCAGCGAAAGCUAAAGGUAGGGCAAAGGCAAGCGCAGCACGACCAAACCGAGGAGGAGAAGCAGUCGUGGAUGAAAAUCUCCGCUCCCAGGAACAGAUUGACACACUCAUUGGCUUUGCCACUGAGAUUGGCGAUGAUUGGGACUCUGUGACCAACGCUGCAUUCAAAGCAGUUGUGCGCAGUAAGGUCAGUAACCUGUCUUUGUCGCGCCUGAAUAUCUACUGGGCACGUACGACAGCUGGUGCGCAUGUCUUCGAGUUGAGCAAGGAUAUGCACCAUUUCUCCUUCAAUUCUUCGCAUGCUUGCGCACCAUACCGUGUUGCUGUGGCAGCCAAAUGCGCUGAGCUGGCAGCACUUGGCUUGGAAGCGAACUUGCCCGGCUACGAGGGCGAUGGCCAAGAAAUCAUGAAAUUGAAGUACAAUGGUGGCAUUGCGUUGUCCCAGUUGGCUGCUGAUGUUGACUGA